AUGCCUUUGUCGCAAUCCAUCUCCAUUGGUGAUUUAGGCCUGAUUUUAUUAAAAGUCCAAACUGUGAUGGAGUUCCUUGUGAUUAUUACGGAUAAAUUAAUCGGCGAUGGCCCUGUAGCUGAAGUUCUGGAAUACAGGUUAGUGGAGUUGUACGAGCUCGAGCAAGCGACACAGGAAUUGAACACAACGACGUUAGAGGCUUUGUAUUGA